AUGACGGCUCUCUGGCCUGCCUCCGGAGAUGCCUAUGGUGCUAAUGCCUCUGGAGAUGCCUAUGGUGCUGAUCCUGUUCAGCCCCAGGAAGGCAGGAGGAAGGAUGGACACUGUGAGAACCAUGGGCAACGUGACCAGGAGCUCAUGGAGCCUGGGCAGGGGGCAUCGACGGACCCUUUUGAGGAAAAGUUACAGAGGCUGAAGGAGGCCUUCAACACAGGGAAGACAAAGAUGGCCAAGUUCAGGGCUGAACAACUCGAGAGCCUGGGCCGCUUCCUGCAGGACAACAGCAAGCAGCUCCAUGAUGCCCUGGAUGGAGACCUGGGCAAGUCAGCCUUCGAGUCAGACAUGAGUGAGAUCAUCCUGUGCCAGAACGAGGUGGACCUGGCCCUCAAGAACCUGCAGACGUGGAUGAAGGACGAGUCUGUGUCCACCAACUUACUCACAAAGUUCAGCUCAGCCUUCAUCCGGAAAGAGCCCUUUGGCCUGGUACUUAUCAUCGCUCCCUGGAAUUAUCCUCUGAACUUGAUGAUCAUGCCUCUCGUGGGGGCCAUUGCUGCAGGAAACUGUGUGGUGCUGAAGCCAUCAGAAAUGAGCAAGAACACAGAGAAGGUGCUGGCAGAGCUGCUACCCCAGUAUCUGGACCAGAGCUGCUUUGCUGUGGUGCUGGGUGGGCCCGAGGAGACCGGGCAGCUGCUGAAGCACAAAUUUGACUACAUCUUCUUCACAGGGAGCCCUCGGGUAGGCAAGAUCGUCAUGGCCGCUGCCGCCAAACACCUGACGCCCAUCACCCUGGAGCUGGGGGGUAAGAACCCCUGCUAUGUGGACGACAACUGCGACCCCCAGACAGUGGCCAACCGCGUGGCCUGGUUCCGCUACUUCAACGCCGGCCAGACCUGUGUGGCCCCGGAUUAUGUCCUGUGUAGCCAGGAGAUGCAGGAGCGGCUGGUGCCCGCCCUGCAGAAUGCCAUCACGCGUUUCUAUGGAGACAACCCACAGACCUCCCCCAACCUGGGCAGAAUCAUCAACCAGAAGCAUUUCAAGCGGCUGCAGGGAUUGCUGGGCUGUGGCCGUGUGGCCAUCGGGGGCCAGAGUGAUGAGGGGGAGCGCUACAUUGCCCCCACAGUGUUAGUGGAUGUGCAGGAGACAGAGCCCGUGAUGCAGGAGGAGAUCUUUGGACCCAUCCUGCCCCUGGUGACUGUGAGGACCCUGGAUGAGGCCAUCGAGUUCAUCAACCGGAGGGAGAAGCCACUUGCGCUGUAUGCCUAUUCCAACAAUGUGGAGGUCAUCAAACAGGUGUUGGCCCGGACCAGCAGUGGGGGCUUCUGCGGGAACGAUGGCUUCAUGCACAUGACCCUGUCCAGCCUUCCUUUUGGAGGAGUGGGAUCGAGUGGGAUGGGCAGAUACCACGGCAAGUUCUCCUUUGACACCUUUUCUAAUCAGCGUGCCUGCCUGCUGAGCUGCUCUGGGAUGGAAAAGCUUAAUGACCUCCGUUACCCACCCUAUAGUCCCCGUAGGCAACAGCUGCUAAGAUGGGCUAUGGGCUCCCAGAGCUGCUCCCUCCUGUGAAUGUCACCUUGACUCCUCUCUCUUGCUGUCCUGCCCCAACAUACCUGAGCUUUCAGUGGAUUCCAAGUCCCCAGUGGUUCCUGAAAGACAGGUGUCUGGUCCAGCCUGUGAACACCCCACUUCUGGAACUCUUUCUGAACACACCUGCAGCCAUGCAAAGCCUCCAGGUAGCUGGUCCAGCCCCUGCCUGUAGCACAGCACCCUCAGCAGCCUCCUGACCUUCUGCUUAGACAGAGAGAUUCCCUCACCAAGUUUGGGCAGACCUGGUGACUGAGGGGGACUUUCUUUGUCAGAUCAUAACAGGAUCCCAAAAGACAGAGCAGUUGCUGACAACUCCUGGAGGGUGGCUUUGUCCCACCUGAAGUGACAUGAUCAUGAACCCAGAUCAGAAUAAUUGGUGGAAUCUGUCUGAAGCGUG